AUGUACACAAUCAUCCAAGAUGUAUACCGCCGAGAUCAAGCACCCCUCGGAAGGUCCUCAGGUCGUCCCCGCUCUGUUCUUAUGUUCUCUGCUAGAUACCACUUCCGGUACUCAGUCCCUGUAUUCAUACCCCUGUCUUCCAUGACACCAAACAUUCCAUAUCAUGUCAAUACGCCUCUUAUCGCGAAUGUUAAUUGUCUUCAUCCCAAAUUACCCGAGCCCAACUGUCCGCGCAAUCGCCCUAGCAUGCCUCCAAACCUCCUGGGUCAAGACAGCCCUCAGUCGCACGAAGACAGCAUGCAAAACCAGCUGUAUAAACAAUGCAUACCGGAUGUCAGCCUAGGGGACUUUUCCCUCGGUAACUCCAUGAUCAACAACCACGACUCGUCUGCUGCCACAUCAAACGAGAUGGUGGCACGGUCAACGUUCUCAAGCUUCCCGAAAGACAUCCGUAAUUAUAUCAUGUAG